CCAUCCCUCAAAGUGAGCCAUCGCAAAGAGUCAGACUACUCGAACGACGAUUUCACUCGAGCACCGCUUGGGAAGAAGCAACACCAACCCCGCUCACCCGUUUGCCGCUUUGCUUCACGCUUGCUUUGUUUGAUUUUUUGGUGACAAACCGCACCCAACUCAGAUCCGCAGCAAAUUUUCGCGUGUGCGAGAUCUAGAGAGAUCUUUUCGUCUCAAAAAGCCACCCACAACAUAACCAAUCAACCGACUCUAUUAUUCGGAUCAAGUUCUCUGGUGAGCAUGAGUGACGCCGCGGGAUCCUCGUCGCCACGGACAGCAAAGCGAUCCCUAUUCCAAUCGCUCAACAAGAGCCUAUUCACGCGCUCGGCCAAACGCUCAGACCAGCUGUCCGAUCCCGAUUCGGCGCCAGUCAAGCAGAGCAUUUCCGUCUUGGUGGGCAGCUGGAAUGUGGGCAACACACCACCGCCGAGCAGCAUGGCGUCCUGGCUGCGACCGACCGACAACCACGACGUCAUUGCUGUCGGUGUGCAAGAGUGCCAGUACGAUCCACGACCAGAGUAUGAAUCUUGCGAGGAUGACUGGUUUGGUUCGGUGGCCAAGACGCUGGGCGACCGCUACACAUCGGUUGCCAACAUUUCCAUCACACCAAUGACUGUCGACACGUACAAGAGCGAGCAAUCCUUCCUCGACGCUGUGCGAGACGGCAAGGCCCGGAGCGGCGAAAUCCGAUUGAGCGUACACGUGCGAAAGGAGCAUCUGCCGCUCAUUUCCAACGUGGAAAAGUCUCUGCGCACCACGGGCCGGUUGGGCGGGUUGUCUGGUAACAAGGGCGGGCUGUGCGCCUCGUUCAAAUUCGGCGAGACCCAGCUUUGCUUUGUCAACUGUCAUCUCAACGCACACGACGAAAACUACGAACGACGCAACGCGGACGCGCGGGCCAUCAAUGCCGGCAUCAAGAACGGUAUCGACGGCUUUGGCGCGACCACGCAGUACCCGUACGUUUUCUGGUUUGGAGAUCUCAACUAUCGCGUGGAAGCACCGCUCGAGGAGGUCAAGGCCAUGCUUGCCGCCAAAAACUAUGCCGCCAUGCUCGAGCGCGACCAGCUGGCCAAGUCCAAGCAAUCUCGGCAAGGGUUUUACAACUACCGCGAGGCGCCCAUCACGUUCGCACCCACCUUCAAGUUCAAGAAGAACAAGGAAGAGUACGACUUUGGCCGUAUCACGUCGUACUGCGACCGCGUCCUCUACAAGACGCUUCCAGGGUUGGAGCUGGCCGAGGGCCUUUAUGACGGAGCGUUCGACAUUCACACCAGUGACCACGUCCCCGUGAUGAGCUGCUUCCGUCUCGAUAUCGUCGCGCCCUUCACGCCCCUGAACACGACACACGUUUUGCACUUGGGCGACUUGCGAACGGAGGACCUGGCCAUUCCCGAAAACAGCGCGCCGGACGCCCAAGCCCUGCUGCAUGCCUGCUUCAACUUUGCGCACGCCACCCUCGUCACUGACGACACUGGCGCAGAGCGCAUGCCCAAUCCCAAGUGGAAGGACAAAAUUUCGCUCAAGGUCAAGGGCUUCUCGUUCGAGUAUCUGCGGGACUGCCACAUUCUCGUCAGUGCACGCGAGGAAGGCAAGUCACGUUCCAGCCUUGGCGAGGCUGCCAUCUCGCUGUCCGAGGCCUGUGACAGCGAGAAGGCGACCUUUGCUGUCGAUCUAGUGCUGCACGGUGUGCCAAAAGCACGGCUGCUUGGUACUGUUUGGAUUGAGUAGCAUUGCCUGUCUCGCUGCCACUUCAGUGCGCCAAGUUUGUCGUGCUGGUCUGCUUUCCCCAUUUCUGCCGUUGGUUUUUUUGCUUCCAUUACUUUGUAUUUGUUUCAGUUAUGUCGUUUCGCUGCAGCUUGAUUGCUGUAGCUUGUGCGUGUGUGUGAGUGUGUGUGUGAGUGUUUUGUUUUUGUUGCGGCUGUUGCUGCUGUUGCUGAUGAUGUUUGUUGUCGUUGUUGUUUGUGUUGUUGCUGAGGGCACCAGCUACGCUUCGUACUUCACACGGUUGCCCUUCGGGCUUAUUGUAACAGAUCCCAAAUAAACAGUGCCGCCUA